AUGGCAGUGCGGGGCGAGGCCGCCCAAGACCCGGCCAAGCCGGGCCUCGGAGGGGCGAGUCCCACCCGGGUGGCCGGAGGGGACCACCGCCAUUGUGGCGCGUCCUCUCCAUCCCCUCCCGACUCGGGCUGUUGUUGGGGAGCCCUGGCGCUGCAGCCGCUCCGGCGCUCGCCGCAACUCUCCUCGGCGCUGUGCGCCGGCUCCCUGUCCGUGCUGCUGGCGCUGCUGGUGAGGCUGGUCGGCGGGGAGGUCGGAGGCGAGCUGGAGUCAAGUCAGGAGGCGGCGGCCGAGGAGGAGGAGGAGGAAGGAGCCCGAGGGGGCGUCUUCCCGGGCCCUCGGGGAGGUGCUCCCGGGGGCGGCGCGCAGCUCAGCCCUUGGCUGCAGCCGGCCGCGCUGCUCUUCAGUCUCCUGUGCGCCUUCUUCUGGAUGGGCUUGUGCCUGCUGCGCGCCGGGGUGCGCCUGCCUCUGGCCGUCGCGCUGUUGGCCGCUUGCUGCGCCGGGGAAGCGCUGGUGCAGCUCUCCUUGGGCGUGGGGGACGGUAGCCUGCUGUCGCUGCCCGCCGCGGGGGUCCUGCUCAGCUGCCUAGGUGGCGCGACAUGGCUGGUGCUGAGGCUGAGGCUGGGCGUCCUCAUGGUCGCCUUGACUAGCGCGCUCAGGACGGUGGCCCUGGUUUCUCUGGAGAGGUUCAAGGUCGCCUGGAGACCUUACCUGGCAUACUUGGCGGCCGUGCUUGGGCUGCUGCUGGCCAGGUACGCCGAGCAGAUCCUGCCGCAGUGCUCCGGGCCGGCUCCGCCCAGGGAGCGGUUUGGGUCCCAGUUGAGCGCGAGGACCAAGGAAGAGAUUCCGGGGUGGAAGAGGAGGAGGCGGUCCAGCUCGGUGGUGGCCGGCGAGAUGUCCGGCUGCAGUGGCAAGUCUCACCGGAGGACCUCCCUGCCCUGCAUACCCAGGGAGCAGCUCAUGGGUCAUUCAGAAUGGGACCACAAGAGAGGGCCACGAGGAUCCCAGUCAGGAACCAGCAUCACUGUGGAUAUUGCCGUGAUGGGCGAGGCCCAUGGUCUCAUUACUGACCUCCUGGCCGAUCCUUCUCUGCCUCCGAAUGUAUGCACAUCCUUGAGGGCCGUGAGCAACCUGCUCAGCACCCAGCUCACCUUCCAGGCCAUCCACAAGCCCAGAGUGAAUCCUACCGUGACCUUCAGUGAGAACUAUACCUGCUCGGACUCUGAGGAAGGCUUGGAGAAAGACAAGCUGACUAUUCCCAAGCGCCUGAGGAGAAGCUUGCCUCCAGGCUUGCUGAGAAGAGUGUCAUCAACUUGGACAACUACCACCUCUGCCACAGGUUUGCCCACCUUGGAGCCUGCGCCAGUGCGGAGGGACCGCAGUGCCAGCAUAAAGCCACACGAAGCCCCUUCACCCAGUGCUGUCAAUCCUGACUCUUGGAAUGCCCCGGUGUUGAUGACUCUCACCAAAAGCAGGUCCUUCACUUCAUCCUAUGCUGUCUCUGCAGCUAACCAUGUAAAAGCUAAAAAGCAAAACAGGCCAGGUGGUCUUGCUAAAAUCUCACCCGUUCCCUCACCCUCCUCCUCACCUCCCCAAGGAUCGCCUGCCAGCAGUCCUGUCAGCAGCAAUGCUUCAGAACAGUUCCCAGAAUCCCCUGAAGGAACUACCAAGCGAGGCCCCGGAUCUCACAGGGCCUUAACUUACACCCAAAGUGCCCCUGACCUGUCCCCUCAGAUCCCGCCCCCACCUGUCAUAUGUAGCAGCUGUGGCAGACCUUAUUCGCAAGGGAAUCCUGCUGAUGGACCCUCAGAGAGAAGUGGCCCAGCCAUGCAGAAACCAAACAGAACAGAUGACACUUCUCAAGUUACCUCUGACUAUGAGACCAACAACAACAGUGACAGCAGCGACAUCCUGCAGAAUGAAGAGGAAGCCGAGUGCCAGAGAGAGCCUCCGAGGAAAGCAUCGGCUUGUGGCACCUAUACUUCCCAGACCAUGAUCUUCCUGGACAAACCAAUUCUUGCUCCAGAACCCCUGGUCAUGGAUAACCUGGACUCAAUUAUGGAUCAGUUGAACACCUGGAAUUUUCCAAUUUUUGAUUUAGUAGAAAAUAUAGGGAAAAAAUGUGGCCGUAUUCUGAGCCAGGUAUCAUACAGACUGUUUGAAGACAUGGGACUAUUUGAAGCCUUUAAAAUCCCGGUUAGGGAGUUUAUGAAUUACUUUCAUGCUUUGGAAAUUGGAUACAGGGACAUUCCUUAUCAUAACAGAAUCCACGCUACCGAUGUUUUACAUGCUGUAUGGUACCUCACAACGCAGCCGAUUCCUGGCCUCCCAAGUGUGAUUGGUGAUCAUGGCUCAGCCAGCGACUCUGAUUCUGACAGUGGAUUUACACACGGACACAUGGGAUAUGUGUUUUCAAAAACAUAUCAUGUGCCAGAUGACAAAUACGGAUGUCUGUCUGGGAAUAUUCCAGCCCUAGAGUUGAUGGCUCUGUAUGUUGCUGCAGCCAUGCAUGACUACGACCACCCAGGGAGGACAAAUGCUUUCCUGGUUGCCACUAGUGCUCCUCAGGCAGUGCUAUACAAUGACCGUUCUGUUCUGGAGAAUCAUCAUGCAGCUGCAGCCUGGAAUCUCUUCAUGUCCCGGCCAGAGUAUAACUUCUUAGUUAACCUGGACCAUGUUGAAUUUAAGCACUUCCGGUUCCUAGUCAUUGAAGCAAUUUUGGCUACUGACUUGAAGAAACACUUUGACUUUGUAGCCAAGUUUAAUGCCAAGGUGAACGACGACGUUGGAAUAGAUUGGACCAAUGAAAACGAUCGUCUUCUGGUGUGUCAAAUGUGUAUAAAGUUGGCUGACAUCAACGGGCCUGCUAAAUGUAAAGAACUCCACCUGCGGUGGACAGAGGGCAUCGCCAGUGAGUUUUAUGAACAGGGCGAUGAAGAAGCCAGUCUUGGUUUGCCCAUAAGCCCCUUUAUGGACCGCUCUGCCCCACAGCUGGCCAAUCUUCAAGAAUCCUUUAUCUCGCACAUCGUGGGUCCUCUUUGCCACUCCUAUGACUCUGCGGGUCUUAUGCCAGGAAAAUGGGUGGAUGACAGUGAUGAUUCCGGAGACACCGAUGACCCCGAAGAAGAGGAGGAAGAAGCUGAUACACCACACGAGGAAGAAACCUGUGAAAGCAGUGCAGUUCCCAGAAAGAAAAGUUUCAAAAGAAGGAGAAUCUACUGCCAAAUAACUCAGCACCUUCUGCAGAACCACACGAUGUGGAAGAAAGUGAUUGAAGAGGAACAGUGUUUAUCAGGCACAGAGAACCAGUCCCUGGACCAGGCCCCUCUGCAGCAUUCCUCAGAGCAGAUCCAGGCUAUCAAGGAGGAAGAGGAAGAGAAGGGAAAGCCAAGAGCUGAGGAGACGCUGGCUUCCCAGCCAGACGUGUGACCAUGGGUAGAGCGAGCUGUGUUUGCAGACAGAAUGACUUGUCUCAGACACGUUCCAAGCCAGCACAACACUUAGACACAACACUGUAGAAUACCAGAAGAUGGACAAAUGCCUAAAGUGUUUGGGGAACUCUUCACGUUUUGUGUGUUUAUUUUUACAGUGAAGGACAGCGCUGAAGACUCUAGCUCAAAGAAGCUUUUUCACUUUGUGACACCAGCGUCUAAAGAUCGUUUUAUAAGAAAGAAAUUAUAUGUGUGUGUAUAAAUUCCCACAUAGGCUCAUGUAAGACUCGUAUUCACGCAUACACACAUGCACACUGAGAGCCAGGGUGCCUGGCUCCACAAGGUAGUAACAGUCAUAUUAAGAUAUAUAGAGGUCACUGUGACAUAAGAAAUCAUAAAGGAAAUGUGCAGCUUAGAGAGGAAACAGAUGUAGGCUCCAGACUCGGCACCUUUUGUUCUUCCUGCUGAAGGAUGAACAUUCCAGAGCAUUGUUGGAAUUCUAAUCCAUACUGCCAACUCUGUGUGUGUGUGUGUGUGUGUGUGUGUGUGUGUGUGUGUGU